AGCUUGUGGCUAAUGGCCAUUCUCCAAGGGAAGAAGAAGAGGAGGUUGAACAUUCUACUGACAUUGCUUGCAUCGGGAUAUCUCUGCGUUUUUUUGGACUCGUUCAACAUGAAGUACACUUUUGUAACGCUUUUCCUGUCAUGUUUCUUCGCGGACAGAGGAACAGCUGAACGGUACAGUGCCAUAACGGACCUGGUGCCGCUGCUCGCCACCGAUAAUGCCAUUGCCAUAGUUGUUCGGCGUUACAUCAACGAAGAAUCUGCUCGCAUUGCUCGACUGGAAUCGUACGACGUUGAGCUAGCCAGGCUAGACUGCAACAGUACCGUCGUGACAGACUUUUUGAUCGUCAGCCGACUCUCGUUGGCUUGGGUUCGAACCAUAAACCUGACGACGCAAGAAACUAAAGUGAACGCGGAAGGCUUAUUGAUAGACUCCAGUCUUGCAAUGCCAACAAUUGAAGACCUCGACGGAUCAUCCACAGGACUCUGCAGACUGAUAGAAACGUACAAACUGACUGUUAAACAAAUGACACAUUUAAGAACAGCUGGAGUGCGGGAGCCAACAGCAAGUGAUCUCAUCGAGGUUGCAGAAGGCUGCUACGCUGAAGGCGAUCUGAAGAACGCUGCCUUGUGGUUUCGAGAAGCAUUGCAGGUCUACGACAGGAGCAAGGACCUCAUGGGCCUUGUUAUCCGUCGCCAAGACAUAGUGAAAGACUUAGCGGAAGCAUUACACACAACAGGUGACGUAUACAUGGCGUUGGAAGUUGUGAAGGAACAAUUAAGUGUGACACCGAAUAAUGAAGACCUGCAGAAAAUGCGACACAAGUAUGCAACGGAACGUCAGAAGGUGAAUCACACUGCAGCUAUCAAUGACUCGUUCCACAAUCUAUGCCUUCAAGAUGAUCCACAAGGCUCUACGAAGUUGUACUGCAAGACAACAACGAAUGGUGGACAGGCGUGGCUGCUCCUACAGCCCCUGAAGAUGGAAGUUGUCAGCGUGGAACCCAGGAUUGUCGUCUUUCACGAGUUCCUGAGCCGGGAAGAAUGUCGAACGCUUCGGGAUUUGGCGAGACCAACGUUGACCCGAGCGACUGUUUUUACCCCGACAGGACAUGCAAACUCCAGCGACCGCAUUGGAAAGGUAUCCUGGUUUAGAGAUGACGCAGACACGGUUAUCCAACGGACCAAUCGGCGAAUCUCUUCGGCCACAGGGUUGUCCCUCAUUUCGGCAGAACUCUUCCAAAUCGUCAACUACGGAAUAGGCGGACAUUAUGUGCCUCACUACGACUUCACGAGGGAGCGUGAUAUGGGAUGCCAGUGCCGUGAAGAAGGGGAGCGUCUGGCAACCUUUCUCAUAUACAUCUCUAAGGUCACUGCAGGUGGCGCGACAGUGUUUACCGGGCCACGUGUAGCUGUCAGGCCGCAGGAAGGGAAGGCUGUCUUCUGGUACAAUCUGAUACCAAGUUCAGUGAAUGUAACAGAUAUUGCAGCGUUCGGUGAGGCCCGUAUUGGGGACGUCAGGCUGAAACACGGAGCCUGUCCCGUGCUUGAAGGAUCCAAGUGGAUUGCCACGAAGUGGAUUCGCGAACGCGCUCAAGGACAGGUGUCAUACGACAGCCCGAAGUAGUGGUGCGGUCGUGUACGCGCCUAAUGCCAUGCAGGCUUAUUUUAGAGAGUGACAUUGGUACCUUAUGUAAUGUUAUAGGUGGAUGUAAUGGAUUAACUGCGGCAGACCACUUCUUUUCCCGAUGCAGGAAAUAAACCCAUUGGACUGUGA